UUCUCUUUAUAUUCACUUUGCAUAUUUUCCGUUGAUAAAUGGAAACUCUUUUACCAGAAUAAUGAACUGUACACCUGAAUUGGUGGUUUGGUAUUACUGGUACUGAGGUAUAUAUGUGCUGUCUAUGGCGUCGAUCAUCGCACAAUCUCAAACGUCUUUCCGAAAGACUUGGUAAUAUAAAAGUCUGAGAAGAUUAUUUUUUUGGGGACGAGGUACACUUCUUCUCAUCAUCAUGAGUCUCAGCCUGUUGACAUUUCUCUGUCUCGGUCUUUGCCUCCCAGUGUGGAAUGCCCUGAAGGUUUCCCAGCCGUACCGUGUGGUGAGUCAUCGUGGUGAGGUGGAGUUAUUCUGCUCCUACCACCACACGGGGAGACAUGAACCGGAGGAGCUAAGGAUCGCUCUGUAUCGGGGGAUGUACGGCGAGCAGGAAGAACAGAAGGUGUGCACCUCCUCCUUCACCAACACAAAUACAGACUUCCAGACGGAGGGAGAGGCAGAGAGGACGGUGCGUUGUCGAGGCCAGUUAGAGCCUGGCAAGGUGAACCUGACUAUCUCUGGUCUCCGGGGUAACGACACUGACCUGUACCGCUGUGCCAUAGAAGUCCUGUACCCUCCGCCAUACCUCAGGACGUUUGGGAAUGGCACCCUUCUCUAUAUAACAGAGGAACCUGAGUGCUUUACCCCAGAGGCCCAGAGAAGAGAUGAUGUAACGGGAGAAACGUCAGUCAGACUACCCCUAGCAGGACUGGCCGCUGCCACCAUAUUAAUAGUCAUCUCUGCCAUUGUUAUCCUCUUCGUUCAUCAGGUUCUACAGAGGAAAAGGAGAUUUGAAACAAUAAUACCAAUGGCGUCACAGAAUGACGGAAGAUUUGAUUAUGGGAACUUCCAAUGAAGAAUUUUUAAAGAAAUUAUAUAUAUUUUAUAUAUAUAUAUAUUAUUUUUAAAAUCCAUUCUAUAUGUUUCAUUGUGUUGUAAUAUAAAGAAA